AUGGAGGCCACUCAGACUCGGGAUCCGGCUGUCAUCACUCUUGUCUUCGGUCCUCAGACGCUGUCCUUCUCGGAGGAAUGGUUCAAUCGACUCCGAUCCUUCAUCAACGACCGUCGACACAAUCACUGGAUGCGCCAGGCAAUCCAGGAGUUACCGCAUUAUCUAGAGCUCUUUCAAAGUAAUACACAGGGGACAGCGCAUAGCACAGCACCUGCGCUUCUCAGAAGCAUAUUGGAGUGGCUAGACACGGAUGCUACAGUGCCAUAUGUGGACAACCUAUCGAGCGCGGUCUUGACUCCACUCGUUAUCCUCGAUCAUCUCUGCCAGUACUCACAAUUCGUCGAUGCGGCAAACUCUGAUUCGUGUUCGACCGUCGAUCCCUGGAGCUGUCUAUUUCGCCCGCUUCAGGUGCUUGGGUUCUGCACCGGCUUCUUGAGUGCGCUGGCGAUUGCUUCGUCGAACAGUCAAGCAGAAUUCCAAAGCUAUGGCGCAGUCGCUGUACGUCUGGGAGCUUUGAUCGGAGCUGUGGUUGAUGCGGCCGAUCACUCAUCCUCACCAUCAGGCUCUCUCGCGGCAGUGUGGAGCACACCGGAACAAAAGCAAAAGCUCGACAUUACGCUUGCGCAGGAUGAAGAGUCUUACAUUUCUGUUGACUACGAUGAGAACCGAGCUACUAUAACGACCACCUCCGAGAAGCUAUCAGAUCUCAUUCGAGUGCUGAAGGACGAUGGAAUAGUCGCAUACGAAAUUGAUCUUCGUGGUAGAUAUCACUGGAACGGUCACCGAAAGACCGCUGAGCAACUAGCCAACUUCUGCGAUGCCCAUCCGGAGUUGCAAUUUCGAGAUGCAGAAAAGAAUCCAUUUUCACUGCCCUCGACUACUACGACAGAGCAGGUGUUGCAUGGCAAAUUGCAUGGAGUUGCGAUCAGAGAUAUCUUGGUGGAACGAUGCCAUUGGUUCUCCACGUAUCAGCACAGUGUAGUGGACCAGGCGCGAAGUCCUGCCAGCUCAACCCUGGUGUUCGGAGAAGAGAAGUGUGUACCGCCGUCGAUAUUACGGCAUGUUCAGGAGCACGUUACACGCAUGACCGACCAGCCAGGGGCAAGCAGACGACUUUCUGCUCUUGCGUACUCGGAGCCGAAGGAGUCUCAUGAUGACAUUGCUGUGGUAGGCAUGGCUUGUAAAGUCGCUGGCGCGGAUGACCUCGAUGAAUUAUGGGAGAUCAUUUGUCGAGGGGAAUCUCAACACGUCGAGGUGCCUGAGUCUCGCGUAUCGUUUGAAACCCAGUGGCGAGGCCUCGAUGAUAGGCGGAGAUGGUAUGGCAAUUUUCUACGGGACCCGGACGCAUACGACCAUAAAUUCUUCAGAAAGUCACCUAUCGAAGCAGCCUCACAAGACCCACAGCAGAGGCUUUUCCUACAGUCAGCGUAUCAAGCUGUCGAGCAAUCUGGUUACUUUAACAACCCUAAUACCGACCGCAGAGUUGGGGUUUUCGCAGGCGUUGGUGCUGUGGACUAUGAGACGAACAUCGCAUGCCACCCGGCCAAUGCAUACUCGGCGACAGGAAAUCUCCGAGCGUUCAUCACGGGGAAGGUCAGCCACUACUUCGGUUGGUCUGGCCCUUCACUCACAGUCGAUACGGCAUGUUCGGGUUCUGCAGUAGCAAUUCAUCAGGCCUGUCGAUCAAUACUGAGUGGCGAAUGCACAGCCGCCUUAGCAGGCGGAGUCAACAUCAUCACCAGUCCUCUAUGGUUCCAGAACCUGGCUGGUGCUUCGUUCUUGAGCCCUACCGGUGCUUGCAAGCCCUUCGAUGCAGCCGCCGACGGCUAUUGCCGUGGUGAGGCAGUCGCGUGUGUCUUCCUCAAGAAGAUGAGCCAAGCGGUGCAAGAUGGUGAUACGAUUCUGGGGCGCAUCCGCAGUACAGCAGUAUUCCAGAACGACAACUGCACGCCGAUCACUGUUCCCAAUGCUACUUCCCUAUCAACGUUAUUCGGAGAUGUGAUUACAAAGGCCCACUUGACUCCGGAGGACAUCACACUGGUCGAAGCACAUGGCACGGGAACGCCGAUCGGUGAUCCAGCAGAGUACGAGAGCGUCCGUCGCGCCCUCGGUGGUUGGGCACGCAGAUCUGCGCCUCUGCAUCUAGGUUCUGUUAAAGGUCUUCUUGGCCAUACGGAGAGUGCCUCUGGUGUCGUGGCACUGAUCAAAGUCUUACUUGCGCUUCACCAUGGGUACAUUCCACCACAAGCGAGUUUCAGAUCACUGAGCCCAGGUUUGAAAGCAACGCCUGACGACAUGAUUACUGUUGGGACACAUCUGAAACCAUGGGACGCUGCGUAUCGAGCGGCGUUGAUCAACAAUUACGGCGCGGCUGGAUCUAAUGCAUCGAUGAUCAUCUCUCAAGCACAUCCUUGGCGGAGCAAAGCACCCUCCGUUUCAAGUGCUGGUGAGCUGUUUUGGAUUACAGGUGCAGAUGAGCGUGGCCUCCGUGCUUAUUGCUUACGUCUACUUGAUCUCAUCAAGAAGCAAAGGACGACUGAGAAAGAGCUGCUGCUCGCGGAUAUCUCCUACAGUCUGGCUCGACAAUCCAGCAGGACACUUCCGCUGGGUCUGAUCUUCCUGUCGUCCUCGAUACUUGAACUGGAGAGCAAGCUCUCGACGUUUGUCGGUGACGGGAUGGCUAGCACGCUCGUGCCAAAGAAAGCCUACCGCCCAGUUAUACUCUGCUUCGGUGGUCAGACGUCCCAGAUGAUCGGUCUCGACAGAAAAGUCUAUGAUCGAUAUGGUCUCCUGCGAACUCACCUCGAUACGUGCGACAAGCUACUUCUAUCGAUGGGGUGCGAUAGCAUCUAUCCAGCGAUCUUCGAGAAACUGCCGAUGACAGACGUCGUCAAACUGCAGACCACGCUUUUCUCGUUUCAGUAUUCUUGCGCCAGGUGCUGGAUCGACGUUGGCAUCCCGGUCACAGCUGUGGUAGGACAUAGCUUUGGGGAGCUUACUGCUAUGUGUAUAUCUGGCAUAGUCACGCUGAGAGAGGCACUCCAUAUCAUUUCCGCGAGGGCUCGUUUGGUGAAGCAGUCCUGGGGCGCGGAUACGGGAGCAAUGAUUGCUAUCGAGGCUGAGCUCUCGAGCGUGGACGACCUGCUCCGCCGCGUCCAUACUCUGAAUCCUUCCGAGGAUUCGGCGAACAUCGCCUGCUUCAACGGACCACAGAACUUUACUCUGGCGGGAAGCAGCGCAGCGAUCAAAGCCGUGGAGACUACGGCUCGUACAAUGCCGGGACUCAGAUGCAAGAUCAUCAACGUCGCUAAUGCCUAUCAUUCGAGUCUGGUAGAUCCAUUGAAGCAACGACUCGCAGCCCUUGGAGACGACACACUUUUCACCCGACCGCGGAUUCUCUGGGAACGCGCGACGGAAGCUGAGGAGAAGCGCAAUGUGAAACGCGAUUUCUUCGCCACACAUAUGCGCCAGCCAGUCUACUUCCACCAUGCCGCUCAAAGACUACACAAGAAGUUUCCGUCUGCAAUCUGGCUCGAAGCAGGCUCUAAUUCUACCAUCACGAAUUUAGCGGGCCAAGCAUUGGGUCGUCCACCGUCGUCAUAUUUCCAGGCACUCAAUAUCUGUCACUCAAAUGGCUCACAGAACAUGAUGGAUCAUUUUGCAGAUCUGUGGACCGCCGGACUUACUUCCCAUCACUGGGGUCACCAUGCAUCCCAAUCAAGGCUUUACGAUGUUGUUUUGCUUCCACCAUAUCAAUUCGAGAAAUCCCGCCAUUGGCUGGAAAUCAAGAAGCGCAGUCCUGACCAUCAAGGCGAUGCCAUGACUAAGGCUUCUAAUACGGAAAAGUUGCCUACUGAACUCUACACUUUCGUGGGCUACCAAGACGAGGCCAAAUCGCAUGCCCGAUUCAGAGUUAAUACCAUGAUCAAGAAAUACGAAGACCUGGUUUCUGGCCACGUUAUCGCGAACACAGCCGCCAUCUGUCCUGCCACAGUGCAACUUGACAUCGUAAUCGAAGCGCUGAUGAGUCUCCGCCACGAUCUCGGGUUCGAGGAUAUGCAGCCAGAGUUAUUCGAUGUGACAAACCAAGCGCCAGUAUGCAUGAACCCUGCCCGUGCCCUCUGGAUAGAUCUGAAAAUCGCGAGCGUGGGCAGCCGUACGUGGCAGUGGGACAUGAGUAGUACUGCAUCAGGUGGCUCGCACAAGACAUCUCAUGUCAAAGGCUCGAUCGCCAUGAGGCCGACUAAUGACCAAAAAUAUGGCAAUGAUUUCGCUCGCUAUGGACGCUUGAUGAACCACAGGAGAUGUACAAACCUGCUUCAAUGCGAGGACCCAGAUGAUAUUGUCCAAGGCCGCAACAUAUACAAGAUCUUCUCCGAGAUCGUCGAAUACGCAGCACAAUAUCAGAACCUCCGCAAGAUAGUCGGAAAAGAUAACAUGUCUGCUGGGCGCAUCAACAAGAAGCGCUCUGAUGCGACUUGGCUUGAUGCUCAUCUGACCGAUUGUUUCUGUCAGGUUGCUGGCUUCUGGGUCAAUUCAAUGACGGAGCGUAUACCGACCGAGAUGUAUAUUGCUGCCGGCUUUGAGUCUUGGAUGAGGGCGCCCAGCUUGCCAUCUGCAAAGCCGCAGGCUGCCACAACAGUGUGGGAUGUUAUGGCCGUUCACAACCAGGCCCCGGACAAGUCUUACACGACCGACAUCUUCGUAUACGAUGCUGAGCGUGGUACACUUUGUGAAGUCAUCCUCGGCAUGAAAUUUAUACGCGUGCCCAAGGCGGUCAUGGCCAAGACUCUCGCCCAGUUUUCGGCGGUUGGCUCAAGUGGUGAGGUUGCAGCGCCUCCACGAUCAAUACAGGGAGUGUCACCAGGGAAUGUUGAGCUGAAGCAAAACUCGACCCAUCCAAGUGUAUUACAAGCGCUGGCAGCACCAAACAACCUUAAUGCAGCGGCAAGUGCGAUCGAUCCACCAGCUUCGAUUGGAGAGGCAAGACCGGGUCAGGCCAGGGUGAAAUUCCUGUCUGACAUCGCUGAGAUCCUGUCAGAGCUCACUGGGGUCGAGCCGGUGCUCAUUACCCCAGCGGCCAGGCUUGCGGACAUAGGCAUCGACUCUCUCAUGUCAAUGGAGAUAUCACGAUCAAUGAAGUCCUCAUUCAAGAUCUCUUACGAGAUUGAGCAGUUGGCAGAAGCAGAUACGGUUCAAGACGUUGUUAAUGCUAUCGCAGCUGCGGUGGGAACAGAUGGGCUCGAGAAUAGCGGUGGGUCCAAUGGCGCCGUCGACUCCGAUAAGAUGUUCGGCACCAAGGGCAUGGACGACGUCGAUAGCCCCACAUUUAACACGCCACACUCGGCCACAAGCGAUACCUUCGAGCUCAGCCGUCCUUACAGACAGGAGCAGACUGUAGGCUUAAAUUUCUCUCAAGCAAUCUUGGAAGCAUUUUCUGGGUCGAGACUACGCACCGAUCAGUUUAUCGAAGAUUUUGGCUGCAGUAAAUACUUGGUUGACGUUCAGCCGAAGCAGAUACAGCUCUGUGUGGCCCUCAUCAUCGAAGCAUUAGAACAACUCGGCUGUUCAUUGAAUACUGCGAACGCUGGCGAAUCCCUGCGGCGCAUCCCUUAUGCUCCGCAGCAUGAACGAUAUGUGAACUUCCUCUACGGUGUACUGGAAUCUGACGCACAUCUAAUCAAUCUUGAUGGCGGCAUGAUCACACGCACCAACGUCAGCGUGCCAGUCAAGUCGAGUAAGAUUAUCUUCGACGAGCUUAUCGCCACCUUUCCGAGUCAUGAGCUCGCAAAUCGUCUUACCUACCACUGUGGUUGCCAUAUUGUCGAUAUCCUCAAGGGUGAGACUAAUGGCGUGAAGGUAAUCUUUGGCUCAGAGGAGGGUCGCAGCUUGGUCUCAGGAUUCUACAGCGAUUCGCCGCUCUUCAAGCUGUACUACACUCAGAUGCAGGACUUUCUCAGAAGACUAGUCUCGCGUCUGCCUGAUAACUCUCCACCGCUCAAGAUUCUCGAACUGGGUGCUGGCACAGGAGGUACCACAAAUUACUUGGUGCCGCUGCUCGCCGAGCUUGGGGUGCCUGUGGAAUAUACUUUCACGGACAUUGCACCGUCCUUUAUUGCAGCAGCUCGGAAGAAGUACAAAGCCUAUUCCUUCAUGAGAUUCGCCACCCACGAUAUCGAGAAACCUCCGUCGGACGACUUGAUGAGCUCACAGCAUUUGGUUGUCGCCAGUAAUGCUGUACAUGCCACACACAGCCUAUCGGUCUCGUUGAGCAACAUCCAUAAGUUGCUGAGGCCGGAUGGUUUUCUGUUGUUGCUGGAGUUGACCGAUCAACAGCAGUGGUUAGAUCUGAUCUUUGGCCUCUUGGAAGGAUGGUGGCUUUUCGAUGACGGCCGUUCACAUGCGUUAUCUAGCGAGAAGCAUUGGGAAAGAGAGCUGCAUGCAGCUGGAUAUGGCCAUGUUGACUGGACUGAUGGAGACUGUGCAGAGAAUUGCCUUCAGAAAAUCAUUAUCGCCACGGCAUCAGGCCCGCAUCGUGGUGAUCUACCCGCAAACGACAGGGUAACAGAUGCUACCGACGAGACAGCAGCUCGACGUCUUGCCGUCGAUGAGUACGUGAAGAGCUAUUCGCAUGACUUCAUUGGACCUACCGGCUCCAAUAGACUCGAGGUCGACAAUCUUAUCACAGUUUUGGUUACGGGAGGGACUGGCAGUGUGGGAAGCCAUAUAGUUUCACACUUGCUUACCCUACCACACAUAACAAACGUCAUCUGCCUGAAUCGAGAGGUACGUGGAGCCAAGCCCGAUGCUCGGCAGAUCGAUGCGUUUGCAGACCACAGGAUUGAGCUUAGUAUUGAGGAUCUAUCGAAGCUCCAGGUACUGCAAUGCGAUACAGCGAAACCCAUGCUUGGUCUCAAAGAGGGAGUCUAUCAAGACCUGGUCAGCUCUGUCACCCACGUUCUUCACAAUGCUUGGCCAAUGAGUUACGAGAGGCCACUACACAGAUUCGAGCCUCAGUUCCGGACUAUGCGCAACCUUAUCGACCUCUGUCACGAUACUGGAGCAGUAUCCUCAAGAGUAAUCACUUUCCAGUUCAUCUCAUCAAUUGCUGUGGUUGGACAUCAUCCAUUCCUCACUGGUCAGUCACUGGUCCCGGAACAGCAAGUACAGGUUGAGUCAGUACUGCCGAUGGGCUACGGAGACGCCAAAUAUGUCUGCGAACUACUGCUUGGAGCUACUUUGGGCAGACACCCGUCUAAUUUUCGUACCAUGAGCGUACGAUUGGGCCAGGUAGCAGGAAGCAGUACAAGCGGCUACUGGAACACACAAGAACAUCUGAGUUUCCUGGUCAAGUCGUCACAGACCUUGCGCUAUCUUCCAGAUUUGGAUGGCAUACUCUCGUGGACACCGGUCGAUCAAGUAGCUGGAACAUUGACGGACCUACUCUCGCAAAACGCCUCGACGCCAUACCCAAUAUACCACAUCGACAAUCCAGUCCGGCAGCCGUGGAGAGAUAUGGUAAGGACAUGGGCUUCGGCGCUAGACAUACCACAGAAUAAGAUUGUACCAUACUCGGAGUGGGCGUCGAGAGUACGCCUUUUUCCUGGCUCGGUGGAGAGGGACAAUCCUGCGUGUAAGCUGAUCGAGUUUCUGGACAACAACUUCCUACGAAUGUCUUGCGGUGGAUUAUUGCUCGAUACUCUUCAUGCAAGAGAGCAUUCCCCUACGCUGGCCGCAGUGGGACCUGUUGACGAGAAAUGUGCUUUGGGCUAUAUAGCCUUUUGGAAGGACAUCGGGUUCCUUUCUUGA